CAAACAUCCCCAAAUAAAGCAAUUAAUUUAAUCACUUUGGCUAAUUACUACAUACUCUUCAAUACAGUGUGGUUAUUACUAUUAUUAUUUUUACGGAGUAUUUCAUUACCGUAUGCAUGCAUGUGUACGUAGUACGUGCGAAAUAAACAAGAUGGCUAAUGAUCAUUGCUAUUUUUAUCAUAUUACCAAAAAGUUGGAAUCAAUUAAGUUGUUAAUCAUAGUGAUUCUUCUGGUUGAUCGUCAGCGAUUGGGAGCCAUAGGCGGCGGUGGCCGGAAAGAUAACAGCACUUCCGACCACGGGCAGCUGGAGAAAUGGAACUUGAUAAGGAGUUAUGGGCGGAGGAUGAUGAUGACGAAAGGAUCCGCCACCAUUGUCAACCGUGGUGAUGGUGGUCGUGGUGGUGGUUUAUCUCCACGGCUAGACCCGAAGCUGAGGAAUGCGGAGAUGAAUAAGAUGGAAAUAAGAGUGAGUCAAGAUGGGAAAGGAGACUUCAAGACCAUCCAAAAGGCCAUUGAUAGCAUUCCACCCCACAAUGCUCGGAGAGUCCUGAUAUACAUUCAUCCCGGCCUCUAUAGGGAAAAGGUCCACAUAUCCAAAAAAUUGCCAUUUUUGACGUUAAUAGCCGGGAAUUCAAGUGAUCCGCCAAAGAUCUCCGGCAACGACACCGCCUCCGACAUGGGACGUGACGGGCGGCCCUUGAGGACAUUCCAUAGCGCUACCGUCGCCAUCGAUGCCGACUAUUUUGUUGCCGUCAACAUCCUUUUUGAGAACACGGCGAAAGCUGACGUGGGGAGAUCGGUGAACGGCGAGCAAGGGGUGGCGCUCCGAAUCACCGGCACCAAAGCCGCCUUCUUCAACUGCGGCUUCUACGGCAGCCAAGACACCCUCUACGACCACAAGGGCCUCCACUAUUUCAAGAACUGCUUCAUCCAGGGCGCCGUUGACUUCAUUUUCGGCUACGGCAGAUCCCUCUACCAGAACUGCCACCUGAAGUCGGUGGCGCAGAACGGCGUCGCGGCUUCCCUGACGGCGCAGAAGCGGACGGCGAAGUCGUUCGCUAGUGGUUUUUCUUUUACCAACUGCACCGUCACGGGGAGCGGGUCGGUUUACUUGGGCAGAGCUUGGGGUGAUUACUCGAGGGUCAUCUUCUCAUUUUCUUACUUAGACGCUCUUGUUCUGCCCCAAGGAUGGAGCGACUGGGGUCAACCCCUCCGAGAUUCGAAAGUGUACUAUGGAGAGUACAAGUGUAGUGGGCCGGGAGCCAACACCACAAGAAGAGUGCCAUGGGCCAGAACCCUCACAAAACAAGAGGCCUUGCCAUUCAUUGGCCCGUAUUUCAUUCAUGCUCACUCCUGACUUCUCCAACCUCCAACCUAACUCUCUCUCUCUCUCUCUCAUAAUACCUAUUAUUGUUUGCUAUUAAAGUAUUAAAUGAUAGUUAGCAAGUUAAUUUGUUGGUGCUUGUCACUUAAUGUCUGACUCUCUUGUUAUUCUUGGUGCUUAAUUGUCAUAGUUUAUGAGUUUGAGUGGCAACUUAAUUAUACCAUUACACAUUUACAUCAUCUAUAUGAAUAUAAAGGAAUAUGUGUUCGUACAUUAUUUUAUUACUCAAGGAAAAAUUAAAAUUUUGGAAUUUUUUAUGGUUUAUUACAUAGUGGCAUCUCAAUUUUUAUGAGAGACUAUACUACU